AUGACAACGUCUAGAAGGCGUUCCGCUGCCGUCAAAGACGAAAUGGAAACCGCGAAUGAAAAAAUAUCUACAUCAAAAAGGCCUCAAUCAAGAAGAUCAACUACUCCUGUACCUAAUGAAUCAAAAACUGGGAAAGAAGAAAUAGCAGCAGAUGCUGCAGACACUGAGGAGAUUGAUGCCAAUGCCGAAAUUGAAAAAGUAGUUAAAAGACCCUUCAAAUUGAUCAAUAAUCUUCCUAUCUCUGAUUCUAGGCCAAUUUACAGUAAGAUAAGGAAUCCAUUAUCGAUUAAAGAUAGCGCAAUCUUGUAUACUAGCUUGCAAACAUCAAGACAGUUUUGGAUAGAGGGAAACUUCUUUGAACUAUACUGGUCAAAAGCUCAAGAAAGACAACAGAAAUACGCCAAUUCCAAGAUAGAGGCACAGCAGGGAAAACCAGAUAAAAAAAUCAAAGUUGAAGAAGAGGAAGAAGAUGAAGAAGAAGAUGACGAAUCGAAACAAGAAAAAAGAUCGAACAUCAGGGACCGUAUGAAUAAAUUAUGCGAUUGCUCAAUGGUUGUUGGUCCACAUUUAUUCGAUGUUAGAUUGUUCAUUCUAAAAAAUGAUGAAAUUGAAAAGCAAUAUGAAAUAUCUAUGAAGCAGAAAAAGGAGAUAAAACUUCAAAAAAGAUUGGCUAGAGAAGAGGACAUGAAAAAGAAGCUGGAACUUAAGCAGAAAAAAUUAGAGGAAGAUAGAGAACGACAAUUAAAAGCAGUCCAGGAAGUAAAACCAGAUUCAGGGGACAUGAAUAACUUACAACCAGCAAAUAAGAAUGAUUUGAAGCCAACGGGAUCGGUUAGUAAUGAUUCAAAACAAAUGACAGGCAGCAGUGAUCUGAAACCAAUAUCAGCAGUUAAUAAUAAUCCAACACCUGUUGUGGCGAAUAAUGGCCUAAAACCAGUCAUUAAAAAUGGUAGUCAGCUGAAUAUAGUACUGCCAAAUAAUAAUGCUCCUAAAACAUUAACAGAAAAAGCUAAUGACCCAAAACCAGUCACAUCUGAUAAUAAUGAGCUGGGAACACCAUCAUCAAAUAAUAAUGAUAAUAGCUCCAAGGUAAUAUCAACAAAUAAUAACAAAAACUCAACCCCAAGCACAGCAAACAACAGUGCUCUUCAAAUCUCAUCAUCUAACAGCGACAAAUCAAAAGAAACGUUCGUAGGCAACAGUGACUCAAAGCAAAAUACAGCAGAUAAGAUUAGCCGACCAGUAGCCGAUGCUAGCCCAAUUAACCCGGUAACUAAGGAUAGCCCAAAUGGACUCAAACCAGCGAACCCAAAUUUGACAGGUGUUUCCAAUAUAAAACUCAUUCCUGCAUCGAAUGCUCAGACCAGUGAAAGUAACAAGGCUAACAGUGGUUUUGGCAAUACUGUUAGCUCAACAACACAGGCACCAACAAAAACAUCGAGCAUUCCAAUAACCAAUGGAUCCAAUAAUAGUACAUCUAAUAUUCCUGUGAAACCCAGCACGCAAACUUUGCAAACGCAGCCAUCCGCAUCCUUGGCUCCAAAACCACAAAAACAGCCUGUUGCAAAAUCUAGACCUUCCAAUGACAUCAUGCAAAGCCCGGAAAAUACGAUUAUGAUUCGUAACUUGAACUCUAUUGCGAGAAUUGAUCCAUAUUUAGAUGCAUUGAUGAAAAUUGUGGCUUCUGGCAAGUCCUCACCUCAACAAAUUCAUGAAUUCCAAGGCUAUAUAAAAAAGGCUAGAGAUAUGGGCAGACGAGGUAUUGAUGACCCAAGAAUUUUUUUUGAAAUGAUUGAGAUAGAAGCUAAACAAGAAGCAUCAAAGAAGUUGAAUAAUGCAAAUUUAUGGCCAGGAAAUAAUGGGUCUUCAACAUCACGAGGGCAAUCAAUAUCUCUGCCAAAGCCUGUUGGACGUCCGAAGAAAAUAAAAGAGCCUAAACCACCCAAAGAACCAAAAGUGAAGAAAGUAAAACCACCAAAACCCGAACUGUCUAAAGAGCUUAAAUUGACAGCCUUUCAAGAAAGAUAUUUAAAGGAUGCUGAUUUAGUGUUUGAAUAUAGUGAAGUUCCAACUGAAAGAUUUAGAAUUCCUAAAGAAUCUAUUAUUGAGGAGGUAGGAGGAAAUAAGCUCUUAAUAUCUUUUAUAAUGAUUGAAGACAAGAGGUCUAAAGAACUUUUGAAAGAGCUUACUGAAAUAGAGGAAAAAAAAGAGAAGGAAGAGAAAAUUAGGAAGGAGGAAGAACAAAAGAAAAAUGAGGAGGAGGAAAAGAUGAAAAAUGAAAAUAAGAAGAUGAAGAACGAAAAUGAAGAUGUUGUGAUGAAGAACGAAAAUGAGGAUGUGGUUAAAGAUGACAAGAAGGAACUCGAAAAGAAUAACGAGGAAAAGAACGCAGAUAAACAAGUUGGAGGUAUUCUGGAGAAGACGAAAGCACCAUCUUCUAAAGAUGUGGACGAUAAUAAUGAAUCUUUGAAGAAUGAACAAGACAGAGAUGAGGACAUGAAGGAUGCUAAUGAGCAUCCCAAAAAGGAUGAAAUUAAGGAAUCCAAAAAGGAUGAUCUGAAAGAAGAUGAUGAAGAAGUUGACAAAAAAAAAGACAAAGAAGCUGAUGAAGAAGGCGACAAAGAAAUUGUGGAUGGUAAAAGUACUGGAGAAAAAAAACAGGAUGAAGAUAAAGGAAAAGGUAAGAAGAAACCAGGCAGAAGAAAAGCAAAGAAAAGAUUUGUCCCAAGGAAGAGCAGAAGACUUGCAUCCAAGGAAAAGAAGCAGAACAAUCCUAUUGAUUCGGAUUCAGAUGACGAGUCGGAAAACGAGACCUCCGAAGGAUAUGAAAACGAGGAAAAUUCAGGGAAUAAUGAAGACAAAAAUAAGGAAUUUAUUAAAUACAUCACUAUGACUGUGAUGCUCCAGGAUGUUCCUGCUAGGUUCAUGGAGUUGAUUCGGAAUAGUUUCAUCGACCAGGAAAAAGUCUAUAAGAAGAUGGAACUAAUAAUUGCGAAUGGUAUAAAAACUCCUUCAUAUUACUUGUGGUACACUGUUGAUGGUUUACAAGAUGAAAACAUAUCAGAAAAGUUGAGAAAAAACCUUAUGGAUGCUGAAAAUGCAAAAGAAAAGAAAAAGUAUAAUAAAGCUCCAAAGCAGGUCCCCGCAAUUUUGACUAGUGGUAUUGGAGGAACACCAAACUCGACCUUAAAUAAGAAGGAACAAGAAACCUCAAAUACACCAACAACAGAAGCUCCAAACUCAGCAGCAAAUCCUAAUGUACUGGGAACUUCAAGCUCUAUCAAGAUCGAGGAAUCUAAUGAUUAG